ACAACUGUUUGUAAUAUGAUAAACACCCAACUUCGUGAUCAACGUGUUGUCCUCAUUAGCCAAGAUUCGUUUUAUUACCCACUGAGUGAUCAGACACUGCAAAAGGUUAAUGAGUAUAAUUUUGAUCAUCCUGAUGCCUUUGAUAUGAAGCUUUUGCUCUCGACAAUGGAGAAAUUAAAAUGUGGACAACAUGUUGAUAUACCAAAUUAUGAUUUCAAACACCAUAAGAGAAUUGAAGCUGAACGUCAGGUUCAUCCCGGAGAUAUCAUAAUCUUAGAAGGAAUAUUAGUUCUUCAUGACUCAGGUGUUCGUAAUCUUUUGAACAUGAAGAUCUUUGUUGAUGAAGAUUCUGAUGUUCGUCUUUCACGAAGAAUGAAACGUCUUGCUAUUGAUCAUGGAAGGAAUGUAGAGAAUGUGCUAGAUCAAUAUUCGAAAUUUGUAAAGCCUAGCUUUGAAGAUUUUGUGCUGCCAACGAAAAAAUAUGCUGAUAUUAUUAUUCCAAGUGGAGGGGAUAACGAUGUGGCCAUUGACUUAAUAGUACAGCACAUACGUAUGAAGCUUGGCCAAAAUGAUUUAUGCAAAAUACAUCCCAAUAUUUUUGUUAUAUUUUCAACAUUUCAGAUAAAGGGAAUGCAUACUCUCAUUCGUGAUGCUAAGGCAACAAAGCAUGACUUUGCCUUCUACUCAGAUCGUCUAAUUAGAUUGGUUGUCGAACAUGGAUUGGGUCACCUUCCUUUUUCGGAGAAGCAGGUGAUAACACCAACAGGAUCUGUAUAUUCUGGUGUUGUUUUCUGUAGUAGGUUGUGUGGAGUUUCAGUAAUUAGAAGUGGAGAAAGCAUGGAAAAUGCAUUAAGAGCAUGUUGUAAAGGAAUCAAGAUCGGUAAAAUCCUUAUUCAUGGACAUGGCACAAAUGGUCGACAGUUAAUAUAUGAGAAGCUGCCGAAAGACAUUGCAAGUCGUCAUGUUUUGUUACUCGAUCCGGUUCUCGCUACAGGAAACUCUGCAGUGAAAGCUAUCUCUCUACUUCUGAAGAAAGGUGUAGCAGAAUCUAAUAUCAUAUUUCUAAACUUAGUUGCAGCACCACAAGGAAUAAAUGCAGUGUGUGAGAGAUUUCCACUGAUAAAACUUGUAACAUCAGAGAUUGAUGUAUCACUCAAUGAGAAUUCUCAUGUCAUCCCUGGCUUAGGAGAGUUUGCUGAUCGUUACUUCGCUACUGAUGAUUAG